AUGCAUACCGAGUGGCAAAAGGGCGAGCUUGUGUGGUUCGACCCAGGAGUCGGCCAUGUUCUUCCCGGAGAGGUUUUGGAGUACCACAGGGCCGCCAACGUCCUGUCGGUCCAAGCCGUCAUCGCAGGGAAGCCCCAGGUGUUUACGCUUACAAAUCUUAGUGGAGUUAAACCCAGACAAGACUUGGGCCAAAAUGGCGUGGAAGACAUGAUCCAGCUUAGUGACUUAAACGAGGCUUCCCUUCUUUGGAAUCUCAAAAUUCGCUACGACAAAGAACUCAUUUAUACUUACACCGGAAGUAUCCUAGUCGCCGUCAAUCCAUACAAGAUGUUUGACAUUUACGGCAUAGACCAAGUCAAGCUUUACGAGGGGAGAAUUCUCGGCACUUUACCACCGCACUUGUUCGCGGUGGGUUCGUCGGCGUACAGCCAAGUCAGUGCAAUAAACAACUCGAGCGCCAAUCAGGUGGUGGUGAUUUCCGGGGAGUCCGGAUCCGGCAAAACCGAGUCGACAAAGUUGGUGAUGCAGUACCUGGCCGCGGUCAAUCGAGCACCCAGCAAUCUCGUCACCGAGCAGAUUCUCGAGGCUGCACCUCUCCUCGAGAGCUUUGGCAAUGCCAAGACACCGAAAAACGACAACAGCAGCCGGUUCGGGAAGUACCUCGAAGUUUUCUUCAGAGAUGGUGUAAUCGUCGGAGGAAGAGUAACGCAGUAUCUCCUAGAGAAGAGCAGGAUCGUGACUCAGGCCACGGACGAGCGGAAUUACCACGUUUUUUACGAACUCCUGUCGGGACUCGACCAGCAGCUUCGAGAUAAAUAUGGACUUCUCGCGCCGGAUAAAUAUUUCUACUUGAAUCAGGGUGGCAGUUGCGACAUAGACGGUAAAAACGACACGCAAGACUUUAAAGCACUGCUGUCAGCCAUGCAGGUCUUGGGCUUCACUUCCGAGGAACAGGACACAAUAUUCAAGAUACUAAGCAGUGUACUGCAUCUUGGAAACGUGUACUUUACUCGCAAGCAGAUGAGGCAUGGACAAGAGGGCGUGGAAAUUGGCUCCGACGCCGAGAUUCGAUGGGCAGCCCAUCUACUGCAAAUCAGCUCGGACGGAAUUAUCAGGGCCCUGACGACCAAGACCACGGAAGCAAGAAACGAGCGGGUACUGACAGCUCUAAACAUCGAUCAAGCCCUGGACGCUCGAGAUGCGUUCGCCAAAGCUCUGUACAGUUCGCUGUUUUCGUGGCUCGUGGCACGGGUCAAUCACAUAGUCUACAAGGGCACCAAGCAAACUGCGGCCAUAUCCAUCCUGGACAUCUUUGGAUUCGAGAACUUUAAGGAGAACAGCUUCGAACAGCUGUGCAUAAAUUACGCCAACGAGAACCUACAGUUCUAUUUCAACAAGCACAUAUUCAAGCUCGAGCAACAAGAAUACGCCAAGGAGAAGAUCGACUGGACGACCAUUAAUUACACAGAUAAUCUACCUAUAAUUCACCUGAUAGCUAAAAAGCCAGUUGGUAUUUUGCAUCUGCUGGAUGACGAAAGUAAUUUCCCCAAAGCAUCGGAUCUGUCCUUCCUUGAAAAAUGCCAUUACAACCAUGCGUUGAGUGAACUGUACUCGAGACCACGAAUGAACUCAGCUGAGUUUGCCAUCAGGCACUACGCCGGGCAAGUUUGGUACAACGUGGAUGGCUUUCUGGACAAGAAUCGAGAUACCUUGAGACCCGAUGUUGUUGAACUUUUGAUCAGCAGUAAAAUAAAUAUGGUGAGCAAAAUGUUCCAACACGUGAGAAACGCCCACGAAGCCAACAAGACCGUAAACAAGCCAAACGGUCGAUUUGUGACAAUGAAACCGAGGACGCCCACAGUUUCCGCGCGAUUUCACGAUAGUUUGCAACAACUUUUGGAAUCCAUGUCUCUGUGCAAUCCUUGGUUCGUCCGUUGCAUAAAGCCCAACAACGAAAAGGCUCCAAUGAAAUACGACAUGCCCUGUGUUUUGGAGCAACUGCGCUACACUGGCAUGCUGGAAACGAUUCGCAUCCGUAAAACGGGCUACCCAGUUCGCCUGCCUUUCGCACACUUUGUCGAUCGCUAUCGUUACCUGGUGCCAACGAACCUGCCACGAGGCGCUCCCAACAAGGAGCUGUGUCGGAUUAUUCUUGAGAAGGCCGCACCCAAGGAUGCCCAGACGCAGUACCAGCUUGGAUUGACCAGGGUCUUUUUGAGAGAAUCCCUGGAACGCACUCUGGAGUACAAUAGAGCUUUGAUCCUGGAGCGAGCGGCUGUUACAGUACAAAGAUACACAAGAGGCUUCAUCGCACGUCGUCGUUUCUUGAACAUCUCGCGUAGCACUGUACUGCUCCAGGCCGUCUACCGAGGCUACCGCGAGCGCAAAAAGUUCCGCGGCUUGAAACGCGGUGCUCUCAUGGCUCAGAAGCUUUAUCGAGGGAAAAAACAGCGCGAAAAGUUCACAGUUCUCAAGGAAGAGAUGGCCAAACGAGCUGAAAUCGAACGGGCGAGCAGAGAGCGGGCCAAGGCGAAACAGCAACGCGAGGAGCAAGAGCGGGCCUCCAGAGCCGUGGCUGGGGUCAAUCAUUUGGAGAUACCAGCUGAGCUUGCCUUCAUCUACAGCAAAUUGGACGACUGGCAACCAACGCACACCGAGAGGAAUCUGAUAAAGGUGGUCGGCAGUGUUGUACCACUCACUCAAGUAUACGUGUUGCCGUCGGACAUCGACCAGUACCAGUUCUCCAAGUUCACAAAUAUUUACUUCAAGAGUCACAUAUUUGGUAUGAAACGCGAGCCGAUAAAGACACCCUUUUUGGCGAAAGCUCGCGAUCAGGACUACACAGAUUCUCUGAUGAUCUUCAAGCUGAUACUACGUUUCAUGAACGAAAACAAUCUCAGCGGGAAGAGGGAACAAGCCCUUGGCGACUACAUCGUCAACAAGGGUAUCGUCAACGAAAAGUUGCGCGACGAGAUACUCUGUCAACUGGCCAACCAAACGUGGAAGAACGAAAAUGACGCUAACAAGGAAAGGGGUUGGCUUCUCUUGUCGAAUUGUCUGUCCGCUUUUCACCCGAGCCGUACUCUAUACAAGUACUUCUUGAAAUACGUGUCCGAUCACGCUUAUGAUGGCUACAAGGCGUAUUGUCAGCGCAAGCUUUUGCAGGGCGAGAGAGUCCUAUUGAAGACGAUAACCAACAACCAGACGACGGUCCAACAAGUGCCAAGAACAUAUCCACCUUCGGUCCUCGAGUGGCGAGCUAACAAGAACAGAGUGAAUAUGGCUCUUAGUGUCGGCUUUUACGACGGUGAAACAACCACUUGUGCAGUGGACUCGUGGACAACGUGCGAGGAAUUGGCCAAUCUCGCGAUCCAGAACCACGGCGUGGAAAACGGUGGCUGGACGAUAACGUUGUGGAACCAGUUGGAGGGCAGCGAUGCAAUCGUCACCGAAACCAACGGCUUCGACUACGUCCUCGACCUAGUGUCUGAGAUGGAACUAGCCCCGGCUUUCCCCGCCGCUAAGCACAUGUUCCUUGAGCAGCGCAACAAUAGUUUUUCGCCCAUCAAAAAGAGAGAGCAAGAGCAAGUGAUACGCGAAUUGGAGCAGGAGGUGCUGCUGCAGCAUCAUCACCACCAUCACCAUCACCAUCACCACCACCAGCAGCAGGAGGUGCCGAUCCUUAAGACUUUCCAGCCGUUGGAGAGGAACAAGCUAGCCGCGGUGCCGAAGCCCAUGGUCGUCGACAAGCCUCUGGAACCGGAAAUACAAUCGCCGAGGAGACCGGCGGUGCCGCCGCCCCAACCGCCACUCGCCAAAGUACCGAUGCGCAAACAGUCUCAUGAAGCCGUCCUGGAAUCUUCGGCCGAGAUGGGCUUGUCCCGCAAAUCGGCACUAAACGACCGCUACUUUGAAAAGGAAAAGCAGCGCAGUCGCAGUCUGGACAAUCUGCUGCAGCCGGAAGUCAUUUCUAAUGAUGUCAUCGGUGGAGCCGGUUCCUCGGCUUCGAGCAAACUUGCCGAUCUUGGACUAUCCUCUUCCAAGCUAAAUGAACGCUACCACAGUCUCGAGAGGAUCGGCGAGGUGCCGAUGAUUGCAUCGACGGUAGUUAGUUCCGAGUACAUGGCCCGUUCGGAAGUUCAGGUAGUGCCGGAAAGGAAGUACAGUCGUAUGACCAGAAGCUCCGAGCCAAAUAUCCUAGAAGAGGAAGAUUUGACGAUAGACUUCGAGUACCCAGACAUACAAUCGGUUAGUCAGACUGGCAGAUCCGAGGAUGACAAGAGCAGCUAUAUCAGGUCACAGACAAGAUUCAUCAAAUCUCAGUAUCCAGGCAAACGAGCUCAUCCUGGAAGUCAAUCUAGUAGGGCGUACAUCGAGAAGAGCGAGUACGGAGUAAAAUCUUCCGCAAUGUCAGACACCAGCGAGGCUCCAUCUUUGGCAUCUCAUGUACGCAGAGUUCGGGUGCCCAGUCAGGCUUCGGAUGUAGAUCAGUUCCUUGACGAGCUGUUUAUGCCUGUGCUUGAUGGAAAUCUAGAUGAACUGUCAGAUGCCAGAAGUCUUGCAGCCAGUAUCAAGGGUAUGCGGAAUUCAAAUGGUACACGGACUCAAAACAUUGAUGAUUUUCUCGAUUCACUGAUAGGAGAUGAUUCGUUAAUCACAAUAACAGCUAAGGAACUGUCCAAAAAGAUAAAGGGCGGUGGCAACAUGGAUAUACCCAACCAAAACGGUGGAUUCAAUUACAGUCCAAUGAUGUCAUCGCCAAUGAUGAUGCCGAUUUUUGGACCAACUCAGCAAGUUCCAGCUCCUCAGAGUCCUACUAUUAACAUGGGUCCAGGAUUCGUGCCCGUGCCUAUUUUCAAUAUGCAGGGGCCAAGUAUUCCUCAGUUUCCGAAUUCUCCACCCAGCCAAAAUAACGACAUGGCAGCAUACCAGCAGAAUCUGCAGAGAGCAUUCUUGCAGAGUGCUAUGGCUCAAAACAUACAAAUCCAGCAACAACUUCUAGCUCAAAAUCAAGCUCUGCAACAACUACUAGUGCAGAGUCCUAAUGCAAAUAACAGCAAUAGCAACAACAACAAUAGCACCGUAAGUAUUGCAUCAUUCCAGGAGGAUGGGGAUAUGUGGGCACAAGAUAAACGUACUUCGUCUCCUCAACAACCGAGCUCCAUCAUGAGCGCUCGCCAAGAGACAGUGACUGUCAAAGCUCAGGUACAUCGUUCUCAAAGUCCACCUAAGAAAAUUUCCGAUCCAUCUGCUCGUAAGUCAGAUGACUUUGGUGUUCGAAAAAUCAGCGUUGAACGAAAGGUCGUAAAUGCAACUGAAGUCAAACGACCAGGUACUGGAAAGACAAACGCCCAGAAUAAUUUUACAAACGUUUUAAGCGAGUUGAAAAAUCGUAAGAGCAGUUCUGAAGGUCCAGCUAGUAUAAACAAAGGUGUCCCACCACCACCACCCAUGCCUCCACCACUUGAGUCCCAUGACCCAUCAGAGUCUCGACCAUUUAUAGAUCCAUAUGGAAGAGCUAAGACUGUUCGUAUUGGAAAAUGGAGAUGGCCACCUCCAAGUGACUCCAACGAAAACCAAGGCCAAGACAGCUUUAUCGAAUUCAAAAUGCGACAACAGCAUCAGAUGCGAAAAAUCACUCCUCAAUAUCAACCAGACUAUCAACAAAAUGACAAUGAAACGAUGAUGGAAGGUGGUGUUGAAUGGGAGGAGUUUGAGAUUGAGAAUAUUAUCAAUAACGAUGAGAGAACCGUUGUUAUGCAUGCAGCUGCCGCUGUUGUGCGUCAAGAGAAUGGUUACAAAGAGGAUAGCGACAAGAAAAAGAAGAAAAAAUCUGGUUAUGAAAUUGGUGCACAAAGGCCAUCACCUGGUAGCAUUGGUAAACUCAAAUUGAGUUCAGAAAUGCGCCAAAGGCUCGAAAAGGUAACGGCUAACCACAGUGUCAGAUCAACCAAGACAACAGAGAAACCAGCUUUGUUGCGUGAUGAUGGUAAAGUCAAGCGACUUGAGGAUAACAGAAGACUCCUCUUGGAGCAGCAAUUAGGCGGAAGGUGGGAAGAUUAUGCAUCAACGGUCGAUGACACGCAGAGCGUCACUUCGAAAGGUACCACCGACAUGAUGACACAGGCCCAAGUUGUGAAGACACAGAUAGAGCGCAUGGAAAGACCGGUGCCACCGCCUCCACCCAUCACGCCUCCGCAACCCCCAAGCCCGCGCGGAGGAAGCGUCUUUACUAACAGUCAAUCUGGCCUAGCUCAGACUCGUUCGCCACCAGCACCUGUCGAGCCCAAGGGUCAGCGUGACAUGUUCCGCACCUCACCUGAUUCUGAUUUGAGUUUCAACCAAUAUGGUAACAACUCGCGUGAUAUUACUGACCUUGGCUCAAUCACCACUAGGGACUUUGACUCGCGCAGGGACGGAUCCGAUAUAUUUUCGGAUGCCAAAUACGCUAGAGAAGUUUUUGAAAACGCCAAUGCAAAAAGAGACCCUUUCGGCAUGACGAGAGAUGUAUCGCCCAAAUCUAGGGAUAGUUUCGGCAUGCCCUCGUCAAGGGAUAUUGGAGUUGUACCGAAUACGAGAGAUCCGUUUGUAACGAGGCAAGGAUUCAAAAAAAUGGAUGGGGAUCCUGACCGAAGAUCCAGCGUUGCUUCGACAAUGGGUACGCAGAGAACCGAUAAGUUGGAGAGAAUUGAGAUCGAGGAGUGGCCAGAAUUCCUCAAGCCUGUCAUGCCGCCGGUCGAAAAACCGGAAAUCGAGAAGGCUCAGGAAAUCAUAGACACGAAGCUCUAUCCACAGACCUCGAGCACUCAUUUCACGUACAAUCGCGUCACUUGGACGUUGAGGGUGAAAAAAGAAGUGUUUACGCCUAACGAGAACUUGACAACGCCUCUGGCCUUACAUCUCGUCUUCUGUCAGGUCGCCUACGAUGUCUUGGCCACAUCAAACAUUAGAAUCCUGAAGGAGGAUCGACAAAAUAUGCUAAAAAUGCUGGACAAUUAUGGAGUUACGUUGGACAAUUUGCAGAGUACGCAACACAAAAUAACAAUCAAGAAGAACAUCGUUGACAUGGCUAAGCAGUGGCCACUUUACUUUGCUAGGAUAUUUCCUGUUUCGAUCGGACCCCAGCAACCAGAAGUUCAACACAUUGCCGUGUCCCAUCACGGUCUUAGGCUCAUCAAACAAAGCAACAGCGGCGAGCUUGUUAUAAUCGAAACUUUGCCUCUCGAGGAAAUAGUAUCGGUCAAUUGCCAGAGAGCUGGAGUUUGCACUUUGCAGGUAGCAUCGGGUGUCAGAUUACCACUUCACACCAACCGGGCCACGCAGUUGGCUGAUAUGAUCGGCAAAUACAUCCGCAUGAUCGACCAGAAGCCCGCGCACAAGAGCAACCACAUCGGCAAAUCAAUCGUCCCUCAGACGAACCACCAUUCCCACCAGCACGUCGGUCACCCAUACGGCUCGAGUUCGCCAACCCACGGCAAUUCCCAGCAGCACAACGACACCGGCAACCUACCAAAUGGCAUCAACGGCCGUAACGGCCACGCAUCCCCGAGCCACAAUGGCAUUCACUACCAGAAAAACGGCAAGUCGCCCCUGAGCUCGUCCCAUCAGCAGCUCCAUACGACGGCCAGCCAGCAGGAAUGGCGACAGCAAGAGGAGACCGGCUUGCGUCCCGAGGAUACGGGCAUAUACGGCGAGAACGGCGGCAGGCCCGUCGUCAACGACGGCAAGCACUCCCUGCUGCAGUAUGCCAUACUAAACUUCCGACACAGCGCCGACAAAUUCGAGGCGCUGAAAACUGCGGAUGGCUCAAUAAGCGGGUCCCUCAAAGUGAUCGAGUCGCUCAAGGGCAAGAAGAAGGGGAAGAAGGGCAAAAGCCAGGAUGGAGCUGAGUGGACGUGGAAGGAGCAGGUUGACCUGGUCAAGUUCUCGACGGUGCCGAUAGAGCAGAGUCUGCUGCGCCUCGACAAUGAACUCAGCACCCUCGCGGUGGAGUGCUUCCUCUGUCUCAUGCGCUACAUGGGCGACCAGCCAUUACCACCAGAUAUGAACGAGGUCAAGUGCGUCUAUACCAUUCUGAUGCACUGCCACAAGUUCGAGCAGCUGAGGGAUGAGGUCUACUGCCAGCUGAUGAAGCAGACGACCAACAACAAGAGUCCAAACCCCGACAGUGGUCAGCGUGGCUGGCGGAUGUUCAGCAUCGUCGCGGCCUACUUCACUUGCAGCGACGUUCUGAAGCCCUACCUGACCAAGUACCUCGAGACCGCGGCCUACGACAAACGCCGAGCUUACCACGGCACUGCAACGGUUUGCCUGCAGAACCUCAGAAAGACGGUGAAGUACGGUGGCCGGAAGAACGUGCCAAGCGUUGAAGAGAUCAUGGCCAUCAGCGCCGGCAGGAAUGCCAAGAGGCAGAUCUACCGAUUGCCAGGUGGUACCGAGCGCGUCAUCAAUACAAAGUGCACGACUGUCGUCCAGGACGUCAUUGAGGAGAUGUGCAACAUCAUAUCGGUCAGAAAUCCUCACGAGAUGGACGAGUUCUCGCUUUACUGUAUUGUGGACGGAGAUGCCUUUACUAUGCCUCUAGCUAGGGAUGAGUACGUAUUAGACGUCACCACGGAACUACACAAGAACCACCAGCUGUUUUACUUGAUCUUCUGCAGGUCGGUUUGGUAUUACCCACUGAGAUUGGACGCGGCACUCUACGUCGAGGUAGUCUUCAAUCAGAUUGCACCGGACUACUUGGAGGGUCUACUACUGGUCUUACCUGGGGAGCAUCUACCUCAGGAAGUCAUUUACGACAUGGCCCAGAUCGCAGCUCUAUUGCACAGAGCAGCAGACGUGAAGAACGAACGAGAAGAGCCAACGACCAAACGCAUAAAGUACCUGUUGCCAAAGCCAGCGCUGAGUCUUAGAGAACCUAGGCCACAGCAGUGGGCCAAUAUGGUGCAGCAGGCUUGGGCGAAUGUUCAGCACAACUCGAUUGCUAGCUGCAAGGCUCAAGUACUUGAAAUACUUUCCAAGUGGCCACUGUUCGGCUCGAGCUUCUUCGCAGUGAAGAGAGUGCCAGAGGGCAAAGAGAAGAGCAGCGACCACAUCUUAGCUUUAAACAGACAUGGCGUCCACUUUAUCGAUCUGAUAACACACGAAACGCUUUACCACUACCCCUACUCGGAAGUGAUAUCGACCCGCAAAGUUAAGUCGGAGGAGGGCACGCUUUACCUAGACAUGAAGUGCGGCAAUCUCAUGCAGCAGCGCAUCACAAGGUUACAAACAGAGCAAGCUCACGAGAUAUCCCGCCUGAUCCGCCAGUACAUAACGAUGGAGCAGAGAUCGACAAACAGCCAUACCACACCAGCGCCGCCGAUCGGCUACGGCGGACUCAGAUAAGCGUGUUGAUGGAGGAACCGAAUAAUAUUUCUUAUUCGGACGUGUGUUGCGCGUUUUACGACAAAUCGUGUAUUUGGUCCUGGGAAGGGAGGAGGAUUCCAAGGAUAAGGUGGGAAGGUAGUCAGGGAGGGAUAUAUGGUUUUUUACAAAAACAGAGAGAAGGGAGUGCUCCGAUUAAUCGAAUUUUCGUCUGUUAUAAAUUAUUUAAUAUACAAUAUGUAAAUAAUAAUAGUAAUAAUGAUGAUUACUUAGAGAAACGCGUAGUGACGAUUAGUUAACGAAGAGCAGAUUUUAACUUUUCUUUCUUUAUUUCGUACUUAAUGUUUAGCCAAGGGCUAGGAUUCUUAAAAA